ACUUUUCGCUGGCAGUCAACGAGGAUCACGGUGAUAUACUGUGGUAUUAUGGCAGCCAAUACUUCUGCUAAUGUUGACGUGGUCAUUGAUACCGGUGAUAGGGAAAUACCUGAAUGUCCUCAUGGUCCAGCUUUGCUAUUUGAACGAUAUGAAAGGACUUCUUCCAGCAAGUUCUUUGCCUGUUCAGCCUUCAGAGAUAGGAAGGAGUGCAGCUUCUUUCAGUGGGAAAGUGAAAAACUUUCAGAAGAAAUAAAGAAAAUUCAUCAAGAUAUUAACUCAAGACAACAGCCAAAAUUUUCCCAUCAAGAAGCUUCCAAUAGAUUGUCAAAAUUCAAGGAACAAGCCAGCUCUAAUCGCCAGUUCUGUCACACUUGUGGGAUGGUUUUGUUACCAGGGGAGCUACAAGAUCACAGAGGUCACAAGAUAAAGUCACCAAUUACAGACAAAAUGUUGGAGAAACCUUCUCAGUUAUUUAUACCUUUAGAUAAUAACAAAACGUUUGCUCAAUACUUGUUUUCUUUUUCUGCUGUUGACUUUACCAUCAAGACUUUGGAAGAUCUGUCGUUUACACAUAUUGUCUGUGUCGGAGCACCAAGGAUAUUUGAAGCUAUAGAGACAAAGAAAGAUACCAACUUAAAAGGAUUACUUCUGGACUUAGAUCAUAGAUAUCAGCAAAUGUACCCAGUCGCCAAGUUUUGUCGCUACAACAUGUUCAACCAUCAUUUCUUCGAAGAAAAGAGCACAGAUGUCUUUAGACAGUUCCUGUUGGAGGAGAGUGGGAAGCGUGUUGCUAUGGUGAUGGACCCACCCUUUGGUGGUAUGGUGGAGGCACUGGCGGCAACUUAUAAUAAAAUCAGCCAACAAUGGCAAGCACUUUCAGAAAAAACCCAGGAUGGUGAUUUACCGAUCAUGUGGUUUUUCCCGUACUUUAUGGAGAAGCGGAUAAAGGAGUGCCUUCCUACCACACAGAUGUUGGACUACAAGGUAGAUUAUGACAACCACAUGCUGUUCCGAGGUGAUGUAAAGAAGCAGGGCUCUCCAGUGAGGAUAUUCACCAAUCUGUCCCCUCAGUCUGUAAUCCUUCCUGCCUCUGAGGGAUACUGGUAUUGUAAGGUGUGCUCCAGAUUUUCUGCUAAAGAAAACCAUCACUGUGAUAUCUGUGACUUCUGUCCAUCAAAGGAUGGGAGGACAUACAAACACUGCUUUAAAUGUGACCGAUGUGUGAAACCUUCUAAGCAACACUGUGAUAGAUGCAAGAUGUGCCAGCUGAAAGACCACAAAUGUGGUCAGUCUGUGCCUUAUGGAUGUCACAUAUGUGGAGCUCUUGAUCAUAAAAGAAAGAAUUGUCCAAAACAGGGAUCAACAAAAAGGAGAGCACCAGAAAAGAACACAUCAAACAGACAGAAACGAAAGAGAAAGAGAUAAAAGAUUUUAUAAAAUAAAAUAAUUCUCAAAUAUUUAA